GUGCCGCCCUUCCCGGGGCUCCAUCCCCGCUGCUGGGGAUGCUCAGAGGCGCGAUGAGUUUGCUCAGCCUCAGCUCGCCCUCCUUUGGCUGCCGGGGCCAAAAGAGGAAGAGAGGAGGGCUCCCAGCCGUCCCCGUUGCCCUCCCCAUCCCCAUCCGCCUCCCUCCUUCCCUUCCUUACAGAAAUAUUAUUAAAACGAAACCGAACCCGAGGCGCAGCCCCGCUCCGCGCAGCCGUGGGCUUUGGGACCCUGGAGCCGGGCUGCGGCAGAGGGCGGCAGCUCCGCUUCCUGCCCAGCCCAGCUCACUGCAGCGUGACCGCUCCGCUCCUCUCCAUCCCCGGCACCCCGGGCACCCCGGGCCCGGCGGCAGCGCCAUGGGCAACGCGGCCGGGGGCAUGGAGGGGGCUGCGGCCCGAGAGAACCGAGACCCCCGAGCUCCGGGCCCCGCCGCUGUCGCCGCCUCCACCGCCGCCACCCCGCCGCGGCCGCCGCCGCCCGCCCGGCAGCCCAUGCCCGCCGCGGACGAGCUGGAGGAGCGCUUCAGCCGCGUCCUGAGCUCCAUGAACCUGCCUCCAGACAAGAUGAAGCUGCUCAGCCAGUAUGACAAUGAGAAGAAGUGGGAGCUCAUCUGCGACCAGGAGCGUUUCCAGGUGAAAAACCCGCCGUCUGCCUACAUCCAGAAGCUGAAGAGCUACUUGGACACAGGCGGUGUGAGCAGGAAGUUCAAGCGGCGAGUGCAGGAGUCAACACAGGUGCUCCGGGAGCUGGAGAUUUCCUUGAGGACCAACUACAUCGGCUGGGUCCAGGAGUUUCUCAACGAGGAGAACAAGGGGCUGGAUGUGCUGCUGGAGUACCUUGCCUUUGCCCAGUGCUCUGUUGCGUAUGACAUGGAGAGCACUGAGAAUGGCAGCCCGGGCUCUGAAAAGGGUAAACCCCUGGAGCGGUCGGUUGAGGACCUGAGCAAAAGCAACUCCUCAUCUCCCACACACGGCAUCUCCAAAGUGCGGCACCUCACUGUCAGGCUCAACCCCUCACACAGCAGGAAGGCACUGAGGAAUUCCCGCAUUGUCAACCAGAAGGAUGAUGUCCAUGUCUGCAUCAUGUGUCUCCGUGCCAUCAUGAACUACCAGUCUGGCUUCAGCCUGGUGAUGAACCACCCAGCCUGUGUCAAUGAGAUCACCCUGAGCCUCAACAACAGGAAUGCCAGGACGAAGGCACUCGUGCUGGAGCUGCUGGCCGCUGUCUGCCUGGUCCGAGGUGGCCACGACAUCAUCCUUGCUGCCUUCGACAACUUCAAGGAGGUCUGUGGUGAGAAGAACCGCUUUGAGAAACUGAUGGAGUAUUUCCGAAAUGAGGACAGCAACAUCGACUUCAUGGUCGCCUGCAUGCAGUUCAUCAACAUCGUGGUGCACUCGGUGGAGGACAUGAACUUCCGGGUCCACCUGCAGUACGAAUUUACAAAGCUGGGCCUGGAUGAGUAUUUGGAUAGCCUGCGUCUCACCGAGAGCGACAAGCUGCAGGUACAGAUCCAAGCCUACCUGGACAACGUCUUCGAUGUGGGGGCCAUGCUGGAGGACUCAGAGACCAAAACGGCCGUGCUGGAGCACAUGGAGGAGCUGGAGGAGCACAUCAGCCAGCUGACAGAGAAGCUGCAGGAUGCGGAGAACGACUCCAUGGCCAAGAUAGCGGAGCUGGAGAAGCAGCUGAGCCAGGCGCGGCGGGAGCUGGAGGCGCUGCGGGAGCAGCUCAGCCCGCCGCAGCCGCCCAGCCCACCGGCCCCACAGCCGCAGGAGUGCUACCGGCUGGCACUGGAGCGGCGGCUGGCAGAGCUGGAGGAGAAGGGGUUAGUGCAGAUCCUGCGUGGGCCCGAUGGAGACGUCGCCAUCGAAAUUGUCCCUGUCGUCAUAGAAACUACAGCAGCCCCCGUGGUUACCGGAGAGGCCACUGCCACCAGCACAGGUACCGCGGGUGCAGGGAAAUGGAGGCCGCCUGCCGUGUCCCCAGUGUCCCCUUCGUGUUUGGGACAGGUGGCACAGAGGAGGGGUGGUGGUGUGUUUGGGGCACAGCAAAGGCGUGGGGAUGUGCCCAGGGGUCACCCGAUGGCAGUGGGAUCUUGGCAGUGGCCCCGUGUCCUGCUGCGGUGUUCUCCAGCUCCUGCCCCAGCACCCGCUGCUCCACCCCCACCCCCACCUCCACCCCCACCACUGCCUGGGGCUGAGCCUGGACCCCCCAUACCCCCGCCCCCACUGCCACAGACAUCACCACCCCCCAGCCCUCCACUGCCAGGUGCCCAGGUCCCCCCACCACCCCCGCCGCUCCCUGGGGGCCCAGAGGGCUCUGUGCCACCCCCACCCCCACCCCCACCGCUCGGUGGGCCGCCGCACGCUGGGCCAGGCGCUCCCCCCACUGCCAACGGUUCAGUGAAGGUGAAGAAGCCGAUCCAGACCAAGUUCCGCAUGCCUGUCUUCAACUGGGUUGCACUGAAGCCCAGCCAGAUCGACGGCACCGUCUUCACCGAGCUCAACGAUGAGAAAGUGCUGCAGGAGCUGGACAUGAGUGACUUUGAGGAACAGUUCAAGACCAAAGCUCAGGGCCCCGGCCUCGACAUCAGCGCCCUAAAGGUGAAAGCCACACAGAAAGCCCCCAGCAAGGUCACGCUCAUGGAGUCCAACAGGGCCAAGAACCUGGCCAUCACGCUCCGCAAGGGCGGCCGCAGCAUCCAGGACAUCUGCACGGCCAUUGAGACGUACGACCAGCAGGCGCUGAGCCUCGACUUCCUGGAGCUGCUGCUGCGCUUCCUGCCCACGGAGUACGAGCGGACCCUCAUCGGGAAGUUCGAGCGGGAGCAGCAGCCCCUGGAGGAGCUCUCGGAGGAGGAUCAGUUCAUGAUCCGCUUCAGCAAGAUCCCGCGCCUGGCCGAGCGCAUGAACGUCAUGAUCUUCCUGGGCAACUUCAGCGACACGGCCCAGCUGCUCAUGCCGCAACUCAAUGCCAUCAUCGCAGCCUCUAUGUCCCUCAAGUCCUCCAGCAAACUGCGCAACAUCCUCGAGAUCGUCCUGGCCUUUGGGAACUACAUGAACAGCAGCAAACGUGGGGCUGCCUACGGCUUCCGCCUGCAGAGCCUUGAUGCGCUGCUGGAGAUGAAAUCAACAGACCGUAAGCAGACGCUGCUGCAUUACCUGGUGCGGGUGAUCACGGACAAGUACCCUGAGCUGACCGGCUUCCACACCGAGCUGCAUUUCCUUGACAAGGCGGGCUCAGUGUCCCUGGACGGCGUGUUGCAGGAUGUGCGGAGCCUGCAGCAGGGCAUGGAGCUCACCUGCAAGGAGUUCAUGCGGCAGGACGACAGCCUCGUGCUCAAGGAGUUCCUCAAGGCCAACACGGAGCUGAUGGAGAAGCUGCAGGCUGACAGCAAAACUGCCAAGGAGGCCUAUGAGUCGGCCGUGGAAUACUUCGGGGAGAACCCCAAGACCUGUCCCCCCACUACAUUCUUCCCCAUGUUCAUGCGCUUCAUCAGAGCCUACAAGAAAGCAGAGCAGGACAUCGAGCUGUGGAAGAAACAAGAGGCUGCGGCCAAGGAAGCGGAGUCCGGACCCCCCGGCAGUGAGGAGCAGCCGGACAUGAAGUCACCGUUCCAGAAAGCCAAGCGGCAGCAGAUGGACAUGAUCGCUGAGCUGAAGAAGAAGCAGAUGGUGAAGGAGCCGCUCAUUUAUGAAGGCAAAGACGGAGCCAUCGAGGACAUUAUUUCAGCUCUGAAAACUGUUCCUUUCACGGCCCGGACGGGCAAACGCUCGUCCCGGCUCUUCUGCGACGUGAGCUUCAGCGAGGAGAGCCCGCUGUAGCGGCUGCUAUCUGCGGAACAACCCGUACCGACGCGCUGAUAAGGGCCGCGGCAGCGCCAAGAAGCGGGCGGCGGGGCAGAGCCUGCAGGCAACGGCGGACAUGGCGCUGUGAGCCGCGCCG